GUCCCCCAGGAUGCAGCGCCGCCUCUACAGGAAUGCGCAGUCCGAGGGCGUGCGGCCGUCGCCCUUGGCUGCGCAGCCCUCGCAAAAUGCCACCAAUGCCACGUCAGGGCAGUCGUCGGCGCCCCUGGGAAUGCCGGUCCAGGUUCUCCCUAUGCCGGGCAUGCACAUGGGGCCGCAGCAGCAGCAGCAGCCACAGCCACAGCCCAAGGAACCUCCCAAGCCCAAGAAGAAUGUGUGUGGCCCUCCGCCGCCGCCGCCGCCCUUCGCUGUGUCGCCAAACUCUUCCUAUACUCCCUCUGUCGCCUCGCCUCCUGUGAUCACUUCCCCGCCCUUAGACUUCUCCCCCGUGGCGCCUCUGCCCCAGCUGGCUAAGGAGCCGGGCCCCUCCAUACCCGCGGCUCCCCCCAUGCCCCUUCAGGCACCUACUGCCAGAAGAGGGUCGCUGAUCAUUUCCUCGCCGCCCACUUCGCCGCUUAUCAGCAGCGGCUCCAGUGACUUCUCGUCGCCGCCUCCGCCGCUGCCGCCGCCUCAGCCCGUGAAAGUGCCGGUCACUCCACCGAUUAUGCCGGCACCUCUCGAGCCUCCUUCGAUACCUCCGCCGCAACAGAAGCCAGUAAUCGAGCCCCCACAGAUGCCUGUUCCUCUGCCCAAGGAGGAAUCUCCUGAAGAAGAAAUCUUCUCAGAUGAAGAAGAGGAAUACAGCUCUGCAGAGGAGCCAGAGCCUGUUUUCAGCAAAGACAUGCUAGACCGUGGCAGGCGUGCCUCACUGAUAGAACCAAUUCUUCCACCAAUCACUCAGACCGUAAAAGAACCCUCGCCAGUGCCGCCGAGCCCCGUGAUAGAACCAUCCCCUACUCCACUAAGCCCUGUCAAAGGGUCCUUUACGCCGUACAGUCCUGUUUCGGAACCAUUCUCCCCGCCCAUGACGCCGCUCAAGGAGCCAUCGCCCCUCCGACAGAAUUCGAUAAAGGAGCCAUCUCCUCUGCCCCAGAUGCCCGCCGAGGAGCCAUCCCCACUGCGUCCGAUCUCCGUGAAAGAGCCAUCGCCUCUGAACCAGAUACCUAUGAAGGAGCCGUCUCCUCUUCAUCAAGUUUCCAUGAAAGAACCGUCUCCUCUGCGCCAAAUGUCCGUGAAGGAGCCAUCACCUUUGCUUCAGUAUUCAGUGAAAGAGGCUUCACCAUUCUCCCAGGUGCCUAUGAAAGAGCCUUCACCUCUCCGACAAAUGUCUGUGAAGGAGCCAUCCCCUCUGCAUCAGUAUUCAGUGAAAGAAGCUUCACCUUUCUCCCAGGUGCCUAUGAAGGAGCCAUCACCUUUGCGUCAGUAUUCGAUGAAAGAAGCUUCACCUUUCUCUCAGGUGCCGAUGAAAGAGCCAUCGCCUCUUCGCCAGAUGUCCAUGAAAGACCCAUCACCUUUCAAAGAAAUGUCUCCCUUGCCACAAACCCCGAUCAGGGAGCCAUCACCAAUGGCCUACACUCCCAUUAAAGAAACGACGCCACAAAGGACGAUGUUCAUCAACGAAAACAACAUCAGGCAAGCACCUCUGAAGGAGAAAACACCCGAGCUCCCAAAGCCGACAAAUGCUCGACGAAAUUCAAUUGCCGAAGCUCUGACCCAGCUCAUUGACGAGCCCACGGUCAUCUUUGCUCCGCCAGCCAUUAAACAAAUGCCUGCCAGAGAGCCAACCCCAGUCAGACAGAUAGUCCGAGAACCCACGCCAGUAAGGCAGGCCAUCCUUCAACAACCUGUGAUAGAACCUGCUCCCAUCAAGAUAGAAGCUAAACAACCUGUAGCAAAACCAGCAACACAGCCCCCGGCAGCAGUCACUCAGCCGUCUGUACCAGUAACUUCACCCAUCAAGAGUGCUCCUACAGUUCAGGGAAGUCCGAAGAGACAUUCAGUUCUGCCAGAACCAAUGCAGAUCAAUUACAUCCCCAUAGAGAAAAGCCCAGUAGUUAGUCAGCCUCCAGUAACUCAACCCGCUGCAAAACCAAUGCCCGCUACUGUAAAUAAACAGCCUGUGGCAAAACAAAUGCCUGCUCGUAUGCCCUCCCCUCCCCCUGGCCCAGUUGCCACCCCAGCGUCUCAAAACACAGCUGCACCGCGGCUUGUGCGUCAGUCCUCACUUCCCUCGAAACCUUCCCCAGCUCAGGUCACACCUCCCCCAGCUCAGGUCACAAGUCCCCCAGCUCAGGUCACAACUCCCCCUGCUCAAAAGGAACCUGUUUCUGUCACUCCUGUUGCAAGCGAUGAAGAAGCCGGUGCCUCAGCCGCACCCAGCGCAAGCGAAAGAGGAGAUUUACGGGCGAGUCCUACGUCAGGCUUGCACAAAGCUCCACUUCCUUGGAUGUGUGGAAGGCCUAGAGAACCAUCUCCACCACCGUUGUUCGUGAUGCAGGCCCAACAAACUCAGAACAGAUUACAACAAAAUCGUAUAAUGAGACAGCGCUCAGUGGGCCCAGAGCCUUCUCAAACACAACCGCUUGCUCAAGUGACCGUAACUUCUCCCCCAGAGGUUGUGCAACAUCCAGGAUUCUAUAGACAGCGUUCCCUGCCACCUCCUCAACGGCCACAGCAGCAGCUGCCGCAGCAAAUACCACAGCCGAUCCCUCAGCAAAUACCACAGCCGAUUCCACAACAAAUACCACAGCCGAUCCCUCAGCAAAUACCACAGCCAAUGCCGCAGCAAAUACGACAGCCGAUGCCGCAGCAAAUACCACAGCCAAUUCCACAGCAUAUGCCACAACCAAGGCCACAGCAGAUACCACAGCCAAUGCCACAGCCAUUGCCACAGCCAUUGCCCCAGCCAAUACGACAACCAAUGCCACAACAAAAGAUGCCUCAGCCAAUGCCACAGCAGCAGGCACAAACUCAGCCGAUCAGAAUACAGCCAACUCGACCGCAGGCACAGCCCCAAUCGCCGCAAGUGCGCGACAUCCCCAUCAAGGUCCAGACGGCGCAGCAGCCGCAGCACCGGCCGCGGGAGCGCAUCAUUCCUAUCACCAUCGAGAGGGAUUCCCCGCCCAGAAGCACAGCCCCGACGUCCAUACCCAUCAAGACGCCUUCGACCCCAGCACAAGAGCACAUCAUUCCUGUCCAUUUCGAGGGGACACCCAACGCUGCGACGAGACCCAGCUUCCAGCAGCCCAAGGCCCAAACCCGGCCAAACGCACAGCCGCAGCCCCAGCAACCUGCGCAACCUCAACAACCCCAGCAACAGCAGAAUUGGGCCAACUCCCCAGGGGCGGCCUUCUCCCCUCCACAGUUCCCCUCGACGCCUCUCAGUGGGAAUCCAAGUGGGGCUUUCACCCCGUACAACUCCCCAGCAGGACUGUACUCGAACAACAAUGCCCUUGAUGCGCUACACCAGAUGCAGCAGAGCUUAGAGCAGCUGAACUCGGGUCUGCAGAAUGCGUUCCCAAGAUUCAUUCAGAAAAAAAUGUCGGACUCUAUAACAUCUCGGAAGCAACCUAGCUCGCAGCAACGACCUCAGCAAAACGGCAAUGGUGUCCCAGGGGCCCCAGGUGACGUUGCAGCCAACGGGGGUGACUUUGCCCCCGUGCAGUCCCGCUCCUUCAGGGUCCUUCAGAACGUCCUCGACCAUCAGGAUACCGCAGACGGGCCAUCCAAUGGCGCUCCCAUGAAAGUGGAGGUUCCUUUAGGGUCCCCAAAUAGAGGGCAAAAUGGAUCGGUAAUCCACUCCCAGCCGAGGGGCCCAAGUUCAAAUUUUAGAAGCGCCAUUAACAGCAAGGGAGUCCCAGCCCAGCAUAACAGGGGCGUUUGGAUCGAUGCUCCGCAGCCGUACAAUAGCGAGCCAAAGAUCAUACAGCAGACUAAUCCUGGACAGAGGUCCCCCAGCAUUGGUACAAAAAACCUGCCCAAUAGUUUCAAAAAUAAAGUGCAGGUUUCUGUUAAUAAUGACGACACCCGAAGCAGAGGUGGUCACUAUACCAACAGAAAUGUCUGGGCUCCUCCAAAGACUGAACCCCAGGGACCCGUCCACAUCCCCAACAUUAAACCACAACAGAAGGUGCAGCAGUUUCAGCAGCCCCAGCAGUUCCAACAACCAGAUGGUCUGAACAGUUCGGCGCCCUCAGACCAAACUGUCCCUGAACCCAAGAAGUACAUGGGAGGUAAUAUUCCUUCUCGGUCAUUCAGGAUGCUUCAAGCCAUGACAGAUGCUGAUGAUGCCUCAGACGCCGGAGAACCUGCCAAAGGGUCAGAGGUUCCCAGCCCGCCAGGUGAUGACCAAACGCAUGCCGCCAGUCAGACCCCAACUCUUGAGUCCACACAUGUCACUUCCCCCUCUGUUCUUUCUCCUUCCAUAACACUGACUGAAACCAACGACACUUCCUCGGAUAGUGGCAUUUCAUCCCCGUCCAAAAUUUCCCCUUCGUACACCACCACGAAAGACAGCAGAGUUUACAGGAACGUCGCCCCCAAAAUCACCUUCACGGGGCAGAGGAACACCCACGUCGUCAACUCAGCUCUCAGCAAUGCCAGGGACCCUUCGUCUCCUUCCUCGCCAACAUGGAAGUGCCCGAGUUUCUCUCAUUCUCCUCGGUCUCACUCGCCCGUUUGCCAGUCACCGUCGCUGCCGAAAUCUGCCGAAGAUGAGCACGACUCUGGAUCUGACAGUCCGAGGCUGAUGAAGAUCAUCCGGCAGGAAUCCACGAGUCCGCAGAACACCGAGCGGCGCUACGAGGGGGCUCACAUUCCUUCGAGGGUGUUCCGUCACCUGCAGACAGAGUACCCGGCAUCGUCAGGCGAAAACAACGAACUUCAAGAGCCGAAGUCAAGGGUUAACUCCAAAAGUCCAUCUCCUCGUUAUGACGGAAGUCCAAUACCCCCGAGGGUUUUCAAGUCGCUGCAGAAUGAGACCAAUUCAAGCUUUGAUUCCGAUACGACUGACGGCGACACUCCCUCAAGAGCAUCAAGCUCCUUUGCAGAACUGGAGGAGUACUACCACAACGGGGUGGCCAACACACCCAAUGCAAAGGAUACCGUGUUGAAAGAGCUGACGACGCAGUUUGAUAACACAGGUAUCAAAAAGAAACCGAGAGCGGCGCCAGGAAAGGUCUUCCGUUACUUGCAGACCCAGUACGACAAUGCGGCAGAUCCCCAGCCUGAACCACAGCCGGAUCAAUUGCAGACGCCGAGUGAUGAGGGUUCAAGCUUUGGUUACAAGGGCUCGAAGGUCCCCUCGCCCUCUUUCAGGUUCUUGCAAAAUCAGUACCACCAACAACCAGACGAGGAGAUUCCAAAGGAUAAUGAGCCGCUCACACCAGACGCCCCCACGCAUGAGGUGGAGCCCACGCCUUACAGAGGAGGCAGACUUCCUGGAAAAACAUUCAGAUUCCUCCAAGACAACAUCACCACCCACCCAUCCGUUCUUCAGACAAAGAAGUAAACGUAUUCCAUGCAGAAAAAAAGGAAAAACUCUCCCAUAAUUUUGUGUCUAUGAUGGGUAUAUAUAAACUAUCGCAUACAUUGUAGUUUCUGAUAACUUUCAGGUGGAAAGAUAUAUCAUUCUACAAUAACUACAGGAACUUACAAAAUGGAAAUUUAAAUGAAGUUCCACCAAGGGGACCAAAUUAAUGCAUACCUUUAUUGGAGACUUUUAUAAUACCAUCUCAUUUCCAUUUCUAUCCCGUUGUUGUGAAUUAAAAUACAACUAGUAAUAGAUAUCAAAACAUUCUAAUGGAUGAAACAUUACACUGAACCCCCCUAAAAAAAAAAUUAUUUCAAUUUGAACAUAAAUUGGACAACGUGACUACCAUGUGCUUCAGAAAGUUCCCACCUUAUUUACAGAAACUUGUUACAGUAACUCUGUCCUUCCCAAGAGAUGGCGCUAGUAUGCUUUCAGAAUUGUGAGCUGUCAUUUAUAAUUUUAUAUUGAAAUGUAUUUAUUACUUUUAUUGUGUACACAUAAGUAGUUUGUUGUCUAAGAUGUAUUAAUCUACGAUAUAAUGGUAUGUCUACUUUGGUAGAUAUGUACAUUAUUACGAGAAAUCUUAUUUUUCUAUGAAACAACAUGGCGUUAUAAAUGUAUUAACAUCACAUGACUGAGGACUUGCUGACCAAGAAAUGCAAAAGGAAGAAGAAAUCAUAAUUGAAGAAGAAAAUGGAUCACAUCAUUAAUUUCAUUGGGACUUGUUAACAUGCACAAAUUUCCAUGAAACCACACAACAGACCGGAAAUUACACACACCACAGUCCUCGUACACAUCUCCUUUCCAUUGCUAUUCCCUGUUGAACUGUACAUCCAGGCUAAUACGUACCAUUUGGCUUGCUUAUGGUUUGAAGAUUCCUUGCGGUUGCGGGUCCUGGCCAAAGCGAUCUGUAGACAGCCCACUAGCAACAACCAGUCUUUAAUGUACACUCAGUGAUCAAGAUUAUUAUUUUGCAUAUAUCAUGUUCAACAG